AGAGCCUUCAAGUUUUUUUUAAACCUUAAACUUGAGCAUUGAGUAGAAACCAAGAAAAUACAUACACAGAGAGAAACAAAGCAAAACCCAAGAAAAAAAGAAGUGAUUUUCACUUUAGUUUUUUGCUAUGCAAUUGCAAACCCAAGAACAAGUUUUUGGAAUUUGAGGCAAACAUGUCUUCUUCUUCUCCUCCUUCUUCAAAUCCCAACCAUUUUUUUCUUUCAUCACUUGUUUUCUUUGCCACCUUUUCUUUCACUUGUUCUUCUUCUUCUACUAUUACACCAUUUUCUAGUUGGAACAUUCUUGAUAACACCCCAUGUAACUUAUCUUUCAUAACAUGCAACUUCCAAGGCUUUAUUACUGAGAUAAAUAUUCAGUCUAUACAUCUUGAACUCCCUUUACCUUCAAAUCUUUCAGCAUAUAAGUACCUUAAGAAGCUUGUUAUAUCUGAUGCUAAUAUUACUGGUACUAUACCAUUUAGCAUUGGUGAUUGUACUUCACUUGUUACUAUUGAUUUGAGCUCAAAUGGACUUGUUGGUAACAUCCCUUUAAGCAUUGGAAAUCUUGGUAAUCUUGAAGAUUUGAUAUUGAACUCUAAUCAACUUACUGGGAAGAUCCCAGUUGAGAUUGGGAGUUGUACAGGUUUGAGAAAUGUUGUGCUUUUUGAUAACAGGCUUAGUGGAGUUUUACCAAGUGAAAUGGGGCUGUUGGCAAAUCUUGAAGUGUUAAGGGCAGGUGGGAAUAAGGAUGUUGUUGGGAAGAUUCCAAGUGAGUUAGGGGAAUGUAGGAAUUUGAGAGUACUAGGUUUGGCUGAUACUAGGAUAUCUGGUUCUUUGCCUGUUUCUUUAGGUAAGUUAAAGGAUCUUGAAACUUUGUCUAUUUAUACUACAAUGUUGUCUGGUGAGAUACCUGCUGUUUUAGGUAACUGUACUGAGCUUGUGAACUUGUAUUUGUAUGAAAAUAGUCUUUCUGGUUCAAUCCCAUCUGAGUUAGGGAACCUUAGUAAGUUGGAGAAGUUGUUGCUUUGGCAGAAUAAUCUUGUUGGUGUUAUACCAGAAGAGAUUGGGAACUGUACUAAGUUGACUAUGAUUGAUUUGUCUUUGAAUUAUUUGUCUGGGAGUAUACCAUUGUCUUUUGGUGGUCUUCUUGUGUUACAAGAACUUAUGCUUAGUAACAACAAUGUUUCUGGUUCAAUCCCUUCUGUUCUUUCAUAUGCUACAAGUCUUGUCCAAUUGCAGCUUGAUACAAAUCAGAUUUCAGGUUUGAUUCCUUCUGAGUUAGGGAAUUUGACUAAUCUUGUUGUGUUUUUUGCUUGGGAUAAUCAACUUGAAGGAAGUGUGCCUUUAACUUUGGGUAGUUGUAGUAGCCUUCAGGCAUUGGACUUGUCACAUAACUCACUUACUGGUAGCAUUCCUCCAGGAUUGUUUCAGUUGAAAAACCUUACUAAGCUACUCUUGAUUUCUAACGAUAUUUCGGGUACUUUACCUCAAGAAAUUGGAUAUUGUAGCUCAUUAGUGAGGUUAAGACUUGGAAACAACAGGAUUUCUGGUGGAAUUCCUAAAGAAAUUGGAGGUCUUAAUAGCUUAAACUUUCUUGAUUUGUCCGGAAAUCGCUUUUCUGGACCAGUUCCUGAUGAGAUAAGUAGCUGUACUGAGUUACAAAUGGUAGACCUCAGCAACAAUACACUGAAAGGUCCCCUGCCUAAUGCUUUGUCUUCUCUAUCAGGGAUACAAGUCUUGGACGUUUCAAAUAACCGGUUUGGAGGGCCUAUACCGGCUAGUUUUGGGCGUCUUGUGUCCUUGAACAAGCUGAUUCUCAGAAAGAACUCGUUCUCAGGAUCGAUACCUCCAUCUAUCGGCCUCUGUUCGAGUCUCCAAGUGCUUGAUCUUAGCAACAAUGAGCUCUCGGGAGGCAUACCGAUGCAGUUAGGAAAAAUCGAGUCCCUUGAAAUUGCCCUCAACCUUAGUUUCAAUCAACUGACAGGUCCGAUUCCUGCUGAAAUUUCAGCACUAAGCAAGCUGUCGAUGCUUGAUCUUUCGCACAACAAGCUUGAAGGAAACUUGAAUCCACUAUCCAAGCUCGAUAAUCUAGUCUCACUGAAUGUCUCAUACAACAACUUCACUGGUUAUCUUCCGGACAAUAAGCUCUUUCGACAGUUGCCAGCAUCAGACCUAGAUGGAAAUGAAGGUCUAUGUUCAUUCGGAAGGCCCUCGUGUUUCCUCAGCAAUAUUAAUGGAGUAGCUAAAAAUGGAAACGAUGAGGGAAGGUCAAAGAAGCUCAAGUUAGCCAUCGCAUUGCUUGUCACAAUGACAAUAGCAAUGGUGAUCAUGGGAACUAUUGCUAUAAUUCGAGCACGAAGGGCGAUGAGAAGGGAUAACGAUUCAGAGAUGGGAGAUUCUUGGGCUUGGCAGUUCACUCCAUUCCAAAAGCUCAAUUUUUCAGUGGACGAAAUACUCAGAUGCCUUGUGGAUACUAAUGUCAUUGGAAAAGGGUGCUCGGGGAUGGUCUAUCGUGCAGAUAUGAACAAUGGUGAUGUCAUAGCAGUGAAGAAGCUUUGGCCAAUAACCAUGGCUGCAACUAAUGGAGUCAAUGAUGAGAAGUGUGGGGUUCGUGAUUCUUUCUCUGCAGAAGUUAAGACGCUUGGUUCAAUUCGACACAAGAACAUUGUUCGAUUCUUGGGGUGUUGUUGGAACAGAAGCACAAGAUUGCUCAUGUACGAUUACAUGCCAAACGGAAGCUUAGGAAGUCUUCUCCAUGAGAGGAGCGGUAACUCUUUGGAAUGGGAACUGAGAUACCAAAUAUUGCUCGGGGCAGCACAGGGGCUCGCGUACUUGCACCAUGACUGUGUCCCUCCAAUUGUUCAUAGAGACAUCAAGGCCAACAACAUUCUCAUUGGUCUUGAGUUUGAGCCUUACAUUGCAGACUUUGGCCUUGCCAAGCUAGUCGAUGAUGGUGAUUUUGGUCGGUCCUCCAAUACAAUUGCUGGUUCUUAUGGCUACAUUGCUCCAGAGUAUGGCUAUAUGAUGAAGAUCACAGCGAAGAGUGAUGUCUACAGCUACGGAGUGGUUAUGUUAGAAGUCUUGACAGGGAAGCAGCCAAUCGAUCCAACAAUACCCGAAGGAGUGCAUCUAGUAGAUUGGGUAAGACGUAAAAGGGGAGGAAUCGAGGUCCUCGAUCCAAGUCUACACUCGAGACCAGAAUCAGAAAUCGAUGAAAUGUUACAAGCAUUAGGAGUAGCACUAUUAUGUGUUAACUCCUCUCCUGAUGAAAGGCCUACAAUGAAAGAUGUAGCAGCAAUGCUAAAAGAAAUCAAACAUGAAAGGGAAGAAUAUGCAAAAGUUGAUGCUUUACUCAAAGGCUCUCCAACAACAACUAGUAUUGACCAUACACAAGAAAACAACAACUCAUCAAAGGGUGUUUUAGCAACAUCAUCAUCAGGAAAGAAAGCAACAAGUUUGUAUCCAAAGAGCAAUAACACAAGCUUCUCAGCUUCCUCAUUGCUUUAUUCAUCAUCAUCAUCAUCAUCAAAUGCCAAAAGUGGAGUUUAAGGGACUACUACUACAUUUGCAUUGAAGUUGGUCAUAUUAGUGUAUUAGUUUUAAUUUCUUGAAGUUCAAUAAUCCUUUCUUUGUUUUUGCUUUUUUUGAAUUUUAUGUAAAGAGAAUUAAAAAAGGUAGUAGAGUAGUAGAUAUGUGUGACAAGUUGUAACAAAAGAAGCCAACAUAUGCAAAUUUGGCUUUUGAGCACUUUGAAGCUUUCAUGUAGCCACUAAAGUCAACUUUAUUCCU